AUGCCCGCCCGCGCCCUUCAAGUCAUUAUCCUUCCUCACAGACCGGUCAAGUCUGAGGCCGAGAUCGACGCAAAUCUCGAUGGCCCUAUGAAACUUCUUCUGGGCGCAGACGGCGUCAUUGCUGCCUGGCAGGGCUGGAAGAACGAGGAGAAGUACGUCCGUGUCUAUCUCCUGCUCUGGACCUCUCUCGAGGCCUCGCAGGCCUUCUUCCUCUCGCCUGCAUACGACCAGUUCACGACCACGAUCCAGCCUGCAUUAAAUGGCCGCAAAGUCGAUUGGCAGCAUCAUACUCUUCUCGAUCAGUCGGUGGUCAGUGACGAGGAGCACUUCCGCUCGAUCCUCACCUCGCCCGCCAUCGAGGUUGCCUGGACCAAGGUCGUCGAGGGCAAGGUCUCGGGAUACUAUGAGAACUUCAAUCGCGUGGUCAAGGGUAUUCUCGAGGACGAGCCUGGCUGUGACGGAUUCUUUAUCUCGCCCCAGAUCCAGAACUUGCAGGACCAAAUCUUGCUCAUCAACUGGAAGUCAGUCGACGCCCAUCAUGUCGAUUUUGAGAAUAAGCAGGGUUUCAAGGAUUGCAUUACUACUCUGUUUGACUACUAUGAUGUCUUUGUUGUUCCGUGGCAUAUUGUUGGUUUGAGGAAAAUUGCGGGUGAUUUCUAG